GUAGGAAAACGCGAUAACGAAAAGUGAGGUUGGCAGACGUAAAACACCUGUGACGAUUAUUAGUUGAGUAGACCGUGGUAGGGAUAACAUGGCCACCGCCUGGUGACGUUCGUUCGCCGUCGCCGUCGCGAAAUCAAAUGCUCCCAAAAACAUCUGGUGAACAUUUAUCAGUGUAAGUUCGAUAGUUUUCUCGUGGUAAACGUGUAUUACAUUCUGUGGAAAGUGUAAAUUACGAUGAUGAACAUGUGGAAAGUGCGGGAAUUAAUGGAUAAGGCAACCAAUGUGGUAAUGAAUUACACAGAAACUGAGGCAAACGUUCGAGAAGCAACAAACGAUGAUGCUUGGGGCCCUACAGGGGCAAUGAUGCAAGAACUGGCUCAGGCUACAUUCACAUACGAGCAAUUUCCCGAGGUAAUGUCCAUGUUAUGGAAAAGGAUGUUGCAAGAAAAACGGAAUUGGCGUCGGAUAUACAAGUCACUCUUACUUUUACAUUAUCUAGUUCGCAAUGGUUCCGAGCGAGUGGUUACAUCAUCUAGAGAACACAUUUAUGAUCUUAGAUCUUUGGAAAAUUAUACUUGCACAGACGAAUUUGGAAAAGAGCAAGGGAUAAACAUUAGGCAUAAAGUUAGAGAAUUAAUUGACUUCAUUCAGGAUGAUGACAAGUUACGAGAAGAGAGAAAAAAAGCUAAAAAAAAUAAGGACAAAUAUGUAGGUUUAUCCAGUGAAGCAAUGGGUAUGCGAUUUGGUGGUGGAGAUAGGUGGACAGACAGUCCAAAAUGGGGUAAAAGUAGUAUAAAUGCUUACAAUGAUUGGGAUCGAGAAAAUCGAGGAAAACGUUUUGAAGAUACAAAUAACAGUGACGAUGGUGAAAGAGAGGACUCAGAUAAUGAUGUUCAUCCAAGUCCAAAAAGGGGAGGUAGAGAAUAUAGAGAUACAAUGGAUAAUACAGAUCGUGUUAGUAAAAUUACUUCUGUGUCAACAACUUCCACAAAUGCUUCGCCGGCACGAAUGCCACGAACUAUUAAGAAAGUAGAUUUAGGGGCAGCUGCAAAUUAUGGAAAAGAACAAUCUAAUAAUGGUAUAUCUGGAUCACAAAAUAACUCUUUGACUUUACCUAUCAAACAAAAAAGUAAAAAUGACAUUCUAAAUGAUAUCUUUGAUUCUCAAAAUGAGAAUAAUACCAAAUCAGUUGAUGAUGACGAUGAUUUUAAUCCAAGGGCAAAUACUCAACCUACUGUACAAAGUCCAAAUGCAAACGUAGACUUUGGAGAUUUUACUAGUGCAUUUGGCAGUCCUACUGUGAAAACGAAAGACAGUAACGAUGAAUUUGCAGAUUUUACAUCUGCUUUUAAUGCUUCUGUAACAAUAUCUAAUUCUCCGGUGCAAUCGCAAUUGCCACAAACACAAAUAAAUUUGAUAGGAGCAACAAUACCAAAUAUUAAUAGUCCUGUAACUGGCAAUGCGAAUAAUACAAUGUUUAUGAAUACCCAGUCAAUAAGCACACCUUCUUUUGCACCUAUAACUUCUGGAAACGCACUUCCACAAAAUUCUAAUGUGAAUAGUAAUCUGUUUGAUACUUUACAACCACAAGUGCUCAGUAAUCAACAAACACUGAAUAACAAUGCAGCACCUACGACUACAGAUCUUUUAUCAGAUUUAGGUACUUUAAAUUCUGUAACUACUAGUUCUAUUGAUAGGCAAACGAACACCACAGACAACUCCAAUCUUUUCAUGAACAUGAGUUCACCACCUAUGAUUAGCCAUGGAGCAUACAAGAUAGAAGAAAGCUUCAUCACUUCAGCUGAAAAUCUUUCAAAACAUGCUGCACAUCGACUUUUGGGAGAAUUAUGUUGUAUGGGUCCUAUCAAAAGCCAUAACAGUUUGAAAAAACUAAAGUCGUAUAUUUCUGAUUAUAUAAAAUUCUUACCAGGCUCGUAUACACCACAAAAACAUACUAUGCUUGAUUCUGAUCCUGAAAUUGAUUUUAUGUUACAUGGAAGAAUUUUAGAAGAAAUUAUCGAAAAAUUUGAUCCUAAUUGGCCAUUGCAAGAAAAUACAUUAGAUCCAAUAGUUAAACGUUUAAUCAUUGUUGACGGCGCUACUUUAUCGAUCUUUGCUGAAUCUUUAUCAGCAUUAAAUUUUGCUUUAAAACAAACUGAAGAUGAGAAAAAGAUGUUUACUAUUUCAAUAAUUUUUGAAUUAUUAAUGAAAAGUGAUUCUUUGUUUUCUGCAAUAAUAAAUGUAUGCAAAUGUAAAACUCAAAAUGUAAGACAAGAAGAAGAGAUGGAUCAGAUAUGGCGAAAUACAGUACAAAUUUUAAUUUCAUUACCGAAUCGUAUAGCUAAUAAACUGAAAGAUAAAACAUUUGAUACUUUUCUUCCUCAAAUGUAUUUUAAGAUUAUAAUAUUUCAUAUUGCCCGUGCAAUAUCGUUUAUAAAUACUGGAUUGUAUUAUGGUGUCUAUUCAGAGAUAAAACCACUUUCAGUUUUAAUCAGUAAAUUGAUAAUUUCUACAAAACCAGAAAAUUUGUUGCCCUUGACACAUAUUUUAGCGGAAUGGUGUUUUCAAAAUAAAUAUAAUAUACAAGCUUUAGUACAAGAUAUACUAAAAACAUUAGAUACACCAAGUAUAGAACCAAUAGCUGUGUUAUUUUUAAAACAUAGCAAUGUAAAAUUUGGAAUUUAUCGAAUUUUUGGCGACGUGUUAUCAAAUUCAAAUUGGAAAUACACAUUAACAACGAAAAUUCCUUUAAUGCGUUACUAUAAUGACGAAAAUUUAGUAAUGAAUCUGAGCUCGUAUUUAUCGCAAUUUUUAAAUAAAAAUCAUAUUCUGGUUGAAUUAUUAAUGAAACUUCUUGAUGUUUGGGGCGAUAGAAGUGCUUUGAAUCAUACUUCAGUGGAUCAACAUAAAUACAUUUCGAAAUUAAUAAUUAUGUGUAUGAAGAAAUCAACAAAUUACUUAAGUAGAGAUGAAAAGGAUAGUAUCCAAAGAUUGUUGUUUUCUGGUAUAUCAGUUCAUCUUGAAUGUUCACAUAUUAUUUUAAGAGCAAUAGGAAUGUGCAUUGGUGAAAUUUUCACUAAUGAAUUAUCUGCAUCAGAUGACGCGCCAAAGCUUUCUUUUGAAUAUAGCAAUAUGCCAACUGAUGUAACAGAUUUAGUUCAGUCUUUAAAAGAAUUAGAUACAUUAACAGAAAAUUCAAAAAUAAUGGAACAUACUGUAGAAAAUGAUUUAAUUUUGGAUGAUAUUGAAUUUGACACAUUAGGUGAUAAAAAACUAUACGAGCUGGGUGUGGAAUGUAGCUGUAUACCUAAAAAAACAAUAGAAAUAAAAGAUAGUAAUAAAUGUGCAGAAACUUCUACGAAAAUAAUUUUGAAAGAAUCAGUAACGACACAUGUAACAAUGUCAAAAAAUAAUGCAUCAAUCAAGAGCAACAUUGAAAAUGAUUCAGAAUUGGAUAGUGAUGAUGAUUUAGUGCCAUACGAUAUGUCUCACGAUACGAAAAGUAUUGAAAAAUUACGUCCAGCCUAUUUACGAGAUCUACGUGAUAAUUUAAUAAAUGAAAAAAAUUCAACAAAUCCAGAUAUCUUUUCAGAAUCAUUAGAAGUUUGUGAAGAAUUAAUAUUAUCGCAGUUACCAAGCGAUGAUGUAUCUUUUAGUAUUGAAUUAUUGGAACUUCUUAUCACACUUAAAGAAACUUGUUAUGUACAAAAUUUUGACGUAUUAAUAUUUAAAUCUUGUGUAGCUAUAGUAACUGUGUAUCCCAAAGAAUGCGCUGCAUUUUUAUGUCAACAAUUUUAUACAGAAGUUAAUAAAUAUUCUAUAAGUCAGCGAUUACUGUUUCUAGAUGUUUUGGCAGAAUCGGCAAGAAAAUUAUCAAGUAUUCCAGUUAAUCAAAAUAAACAGAAUACAAUCAACACCACAAAGCAAAAGCCAAGAAAAAACGAAAUGUCAAACAAAGUAUCACUUUUUAUUAAUACUGAAAAAAGUCAGCAGUAUAAUGUACUUUACAAUGAUGAUUUUGAAGAAUUUGAAAGGGCAGAAACUCAAAUUGUGGAUUGGCGAGAAAUUGUUGAUAAAAGAAUUGAAUUAAAUACAAAAAGAUAUACACAUAGUACAAAAUCUUCCAAAACAUUUGAAAAUAAAUUUGCAAAUGUUGCAUUCUCGUUUUUCUAUCCACUCUUGUAUAAUUUCGGUAAACAGGGAACUUGUUUAAAUAGUGGAUUGCAGAUUUUCUUGGAUCAAGAAAACAUCUUAUUAAUUCGAUUUCUCAAAACUUUAUCUACAGUAAUGGUAGCAGCACAAAAUUGUUUAUUAGCUCCAAAAAUGGGAAAAGAAAUCUUGGAAUUAUCAUGGUCCCUGCGAUAUCAUGAUCAAGCAAAAGUUAGAGUAGCAGUAAUAGAAAGUGUUGCAGCUGUACUUAUUUCAGUAUCAACAAAUGCAAUCAUAAAUGAAUUAUUUGUAACUAUUAUUGAAAUAAGACUAUGGCUUUUAGAUUUGUCUCAAAAUGUAAUUAGUGGUGAUCAUGACAAAGAAUGCAGAAGUUUAGGUGCUAGAGUGGUAUCUUUGAUCAAUUCUAUUAUAAGUUCUAUAUAUAAAAGUUAAUUAUUAAAAGAAAUUGGAUAAGAUUUUCGUGAAUGCAUUCUAGUAUUUUCAAAACAAUGAGACGAAUAUUGUUGAACUAUUCGUAUAGUUCACUCUAGAAUUUGAUAGUGCAUUUUUGCAUGCCAUUUAAGAUAUGAAUGAAAUAAAGUAAAAUAAAAUAGUACAGUGAAUGUUGUAUUUUGAUUCAUUAUUUGUCAUACACGAAUAAAAGUUUAAAUGUCGACUAAAAAGUAUAAUUUAUGGUACAU